AUGGCCACUCCACGAUCUCGCAGCCCUCGUCGCGAGGCCGUGGGAGGCUUCUUUUCCGCUGCCUCAGCAGCUUGGUCUGCCGCAACAAAUGCACUGAAAUCGAAAGUGCAGGGCAAGAAGUCAGAGACUGACGAGACCGAGACUCUCACGGCACGGGAGAGCCUUCCAAAGAACGAAGGCGGAGAGCCGCAGUUUCUGAGCAUCGAGCAUCGACAAGUCGAGGCGCAAGCGGCAGAAGACGAAGCAAAAGAUGCAGCGCCAGAGGAUGAAAAGGGCGAUGCAGAUGCAACCGAUGCAACCGAUGCAAACGAUGCAAACGAUGCAAAAGGCGAGAAGGACUGGCCAUGGCGCCAUGGUCGAGGCUGUUGA